CCAUUGUUAUUUGGAUUUUUUUUUUAAACAUCUAGUGACAGCUAAGACACUUGAAGUCCCUAUUAUAAUGUCUGCACCGAGUCUUCACAUCAGAGGAGUUAAAAUUCACAGACAUUUACUCAAGUAUAUGUUUCCACAAGUUAUUAAUGGAGAGAUUGACACUAAUAAAUUCCUCAACGCCUCACGAAACUUCAUACAGAUAAUCGAUAAAUUUGGAAAGGUCUUUAUACCGUUGAAGUAUGAUAUGCAGAAUAAUAUCGAGAAACUCUCCCAGAGGUACAACGCGAAUAAAUCCAGUCAUGCAAGUCUGCAGAGUUUGAUUCUGAGUGAAAAUAAUACAGAGAAAAAUUCAGUUACUGCUGAGGCUUUACUCUGGCUCACGCGGGAAUUAAGAAUGAUUCAGGUACUGUUUGAUAAGAUCGUUACAGCUGAGAGGAACAAUAACUACACGGAGGAUCUCACAUCGAAGAUUAAUGAGUCGUAUGAUGAGGUCAUGUUUGGCCACAGUGAGUGGAUGGCGCAACAGUUAUUUUCACUGUUGGCAAAAUCCAUCCCCACAUGUUCGCAAAUUCUAUUGUCUUUGGGAGAAAACACCCCGGACGCUAAGGUGACGACUAUUAACACUCUGGACAUAAUUUCCAAGCAGAUGCAAUCAAAUCUCAUAAUUUUGAAUAAAUUCUUGUAUGUUAAUGACAUAGGGCAGGUUUUUUAGAAUUCUGAAAUUGA